GUCGCCAAUUAUCUGAACCAAGAUCUUCCGAACAAGCUUCUUCUUUUUUCUUUUCUUCUGGUCGUGUCGCAAGCAUUCUUCAGUUUCUUCUAUGGCGACAAACUUGCGGAGACUUUUCUCAGUUUCCGCUCAAGGCGUCCUUUUGAAGAAGAAGCUACCAGGCUCUUUCUCUAGUUGCCGAAAUUUAUGCGUUUGCUCCGGUCAAACAACUGAGUCCAUCACUGUUACUUCUUCUCCAUAUGACGGUUAGCUGUUGAUGAUACAGAUACUUCUUGCGGUGGGUCUCAAAUGCCUCUUUAUUAAGUUUCAGAAAAGAUGCUGUGUUAUGAUGCUUGAGGAGAAGGUGUUCGAUAUAGUUUUACAGCAUGAUCAUGAGGAAUACAGUUAGUUAAAAAGCCCAGAUGAACAGAUUUUUGAAGAAAAGUAAUUCAUGAUUUUGAAGAACAUACCAUAUUAAGAGUCUAUGUAAUUCAUGAUUUCCAAAGAUGAGACAAGUCUCGGAGGUGAUGCUGACAAAGGGUUUCUAAGAUGGGGAAAUGGAGGAGGAACAUACCAUAGCUCGGCCGUAAUUGAUUCCUCGGCUCUGGUUGAGUUUGGAGCAGUAGUUCACGAAAAAGCUAUAUUGGGUGCCGAGGUUCAUGUAGGAUCUAACACUGUUGUUGGACCAUCAGUCAAAAUCGGUCCUUCUACUAAGAUAGGGUAUAAUGUUUCAGUUAGCAACUGUAGUAUUGGCGAGUUAUGUGUCAUCCAUAAUGGAGUCUGCGUUGGCCAAGAUGGAUUUGGGUUUUACGUGGAUGAUCAGGGAAACAUGGUGAAGAAGCCUCAAGCUUUAAAUGUGAAGAUAGGGAAUCGUGUGGAAAUUGGAGCAAACACAUGCAUUGACCGGGGCAGCUGGAGAGAAACAGUGAUUGGGGAUGAUACUAAGAUAGACAAUUUAGUUCAGAUAGGCCACAAUGUGGUUAUUGGCAAGUCUUGCUUGCUCUGUGGCCAAGUAGGCAUAGCUGGUUCAGCAGAGAUCGGUGACUAUGUAGUUUUAGGAGGACGUGUUGCAGUUCGAGACCAUGUCUCAAUUGUAUCCAAGGUUCGACUAGCUGCAAAUAGUUGUGUUACCAAAAGCAUUACCGAACCAGGGGACUUCGGUGGCUUUCCUGCUGUAAGCAUCUCUCUGUGUCUGACUAAAACAAAAGCUAAAACAGAGCCAGACUCUGUUUUUUGCUUCUAAAAAACAUUGUUUCUUCUUACAAAA